UCCCUUAAGCCUGCAAGGAAUACGCAGGUUUUUGGCCAACAGGAAGAAGAAACAAAAUCCAAUCGGCGCCCGUUUCUCAAUGACCAAUCAAACCUCGCCUUACAUUGCAGUGCAGGGAAAAACGGAGCUGGACGUCUGGGUUUCCUGGCGCGCGGCCGCUGCCGUCUGUCACCUGGGGAGGCGAGCACUCCUGGGGCCGUGCUUGUCCCUGUGCUUGCUGGCUUUGCUUGUGUUUGUUCCAGCCACUGCUCAUGUAAUGCACUCCCUAAACCAGGAAAUUAAAGCAUUCUCCCGGAAUAAUCUCAGGAAGCAAUGCACAAGGGUGACAACGCUAACUGGAAAAAAAAUUAUAGAAACAUGGAAAGAUGCCAGAAUUCAUGUUGUGGAAGAACUAGAGCCGCGCAGUGGGGGUGGUUGUGGUUAUGUGCAGGACCUUAGCUUGGACCUGCAAGUUGGCGUGAUUAAGCCAUGGUUGCUCCUGGGGUCACAAGAUGCUGCUCAUGAUCUGGAUACACUGAAAAAGCACAAGGUGACUCAUAUUCUCAAUGUUGCAUAUGGAGUAGAAAAUGCUUUCCUAACUGACUUUACAUAUAAGAGCAUUUCUAUAUUGGAUCUUCCUGAAACCAAUAUCCUGUCUUAUUUUCCAGAAUGUUUUGAAUUUAUUGAACAAGCAAAAAUGAAGAAUGGAGUGGUUCUUGUUCAUUGUAAUGCAGGAGUUUCCAGGGCUGCUGCAAUUGUAAUAGGCUUCCUGAUGAAUUCUGAAGAAACCUCAUUUACCAGUGCUUUUUCUUUGGUGAAAAAUGCAAGGCCUUCCAUAUGUCCAAAUUCUGGCUUCAUGGAGCAGCUUCGUAUAUAUCAAGAGGGCAAAGAAAGCAAUAAAUGUGACGAAACACCGGAAUUAGAAAGGGAUGACAGUUUGUGAGUUGCAUUCUAGCAGAUUAGGGACAACUAAUUUCUGAAUUGGCCUAGUUAUUGUUCCCCUUUUUUGGAGAGGAGACUAGCAAAAACUUCCUAUUCUCUUCCAUUUUUCAAGUGUAAACAGAGGUCAAUUUGAUUGUCCUGAGCUAGUUUAUGAAUACAUUUUAAAGUUAUAUUAUUUUUUCUUUGCUAUUAUAAUGUGUGAUUAAAUGUAUCUGUGAAUUACUAAAGGAAAA